AUGUGCUGCAGUGGAAAAGCGCAGUACUUACAGAGUAGUCGAGUACCUGGCAAGUCGAGAAUAGUAGUAUCGGUCAUUGAACGAACUACCUGGUGGUGGAAGCGGCUUCGAGCAACGGAUCGACCAAUGGUCCUGUUUCGACGUUGGAUCAAUUUGGUGAUAACGACUCUUCGUUACCCAUUACCCAUCUACGUUCUUCUGGUGCUGUUCCGGCGUCCGUCCGCCAGGCCGUUGAUCGAUCUUGGUCACCGCUCCGCUUCCUCGUACACUCCUUCAUCAUCUUUGUCCCUGGCUGGUGUCGUCGUCGUCGUCGUGGUGUCGAUCGAUGGCGUUGGUGCUUCAGAGUCAGUGGUCAUCACGUCGUCGUGGUAUGAGCAGGCGAGGAGGUGCGGCUGCGUUCGUCAGAUAUUUUCACAAAAACCACUACAGCUCGGCGGCGGCCAACGAGUGAUUGCUCCUCGACGAACAACAACGAUUGCCGCCGACAGCAGCCAAGAAUCACCGGAGGAAGGAGGCGAGAUUUGCUGCCUCGCCACGUCGGUUCAGCCGGAGGUCAUGGGCAAUCGUGCCGGAAAGUCACACCCGAGCCGUGCUGAACGACAGCCGAUCCGAGGCGGAUAUUUGCAGGCACCGAUCACUCGACAUUCCAGGUGA